AUGCGUCUCAGCCAGAUUUCUACAUCGACUGUUCUCUGGCUGGGUUUGGCCCAGGCCCUACCCAAAACUUCAAGCCAAGCGAGCAAGCCAUCGUGUCGCUUUGCAGCCGAAUAUACUCAGGAGCAAAUACUUCGCGAUCCCACCGAUUUCUUGGAUGACAUGCUGUACUGGGAGGGCAAGUUCCAUCAAAAUAACGUCUCAUAUAACGCCGACAACGGCAUGUCCUACGAUGGAACCAGCAUCGACUGGGCGCUUCAAAUCAUGUUGUAUGCGCAUGCAGUUUCCGGCUCCUCACAAGCUGCUCGCUUCCUUUCUCCUGAUCACCCAUCUGCAGCCCCCAAGAUUGCCGUUUCUAUAAUGGAGACCAAGUUGCAGACUUACCAGAAAUUCAACGAGACAUACCCAGGAUUCGGUGGCUUUCUGCCUUGGUUUACAUCAAGCACGCAAGAUAUCACACCCACGUGGGACUGGGUAAACCGAGUUCCUGCUCUUGACAAUGGUGAACUACUGUGGGCCGUAUAUGGGUUUAUCCAAGCUCUUGAGAGCACCGGAAACAAGUCUUAUCUUGGACUCGCUCAGAAGUGGCAAACUUGGAUGGACUAUACCAAGACCACUGCUGCGAAGAUAUUUUACCUGGGCGAUGGUCAGGUUUGCGCCGUAAUUGACCUCAAGGAUCAGUCUUUACCCGUUGAUCAUCCCGACCAGUCCUAUACCUGCGAGGGCAGUGGCCGACUCAAUGACCCUUAUGAGGGCGAACUAUUCACCUUCUGGCUUCAAUUCUUCGCUGAUCUACCGGAUUCUGACAAGAAAGCACUCUGGGAAACUAAGCGUCCCCAGCUAGUCAGCGUAGACUACCACGUAGGCAACGUUGGGCCUAUCACUGUCCAAAAAGGAUAUUGGUUCUCCAGCCAUGAAACCUGGAAGGUCAUGGAGAUGCCAUACUACGACAUUGAUAUUGUCCGACGCGUAUACGAAAAUGCCGAACGUGUGCGUACCUGCAACUCAGUCGUCACCAAAAACCCCGGAAUGUUCGCAUCUGUCAAUAACAUCACGGACCCCUCAACCGGGGAUGUCGUCGGUUAUAUCUCGAACGCUGGUAUCCCGUCAAUCUCGAAUCAGACUGUGCAGGAGCUCGAUGUCAUUACUCCAUAUAGUGUGUUUCCGACUAUCCUGUUUAACAAGUCUGUUGGUCUGGCCUGGUGGAGAAACAUGGUCGUUGCAAGAAAAAUGCAAAACAUUUAUGGGAGUACUGAAUCUACCCGUGUCGACGGCACAGGAGUUUCUGCGCUGCUUACUUGGGAUAGCAAGGUCACCACGGUCAGUGCGCUGCUUGGAGGUGUGACCGAUUUUGUUCGCCAGAAGAUGAAGGCGGACAAGAUCUAUGACGAGUUCGUGGAUAUCAUUGAGACCGAGUACUCGCGUGUAUUCAAGAAUCUUAAGGGAGAGGAUGUUGCAUUCUGUCUACCUUGGGACACAGUUCCCGAUACGGGGUUAGCAGACUUUGCUCUUUGCCAAUAG